UGUGGGCUGCCACAGGAAGAGGGGAGUGGAAGAAUUGAGAGCUGAGAAGGGGGCCUAGAGGUCGGAAGACUAAUUCUGUGAUGCAUUUUUUCCUGUCGCUGAAUGCUUAUAAGACUACUGCUGCACAUUAAAGUUGAUCACAUUAGAGCUACGUCUUCAGCCUGACAAAGAUGGAAGGAUUUCUGAGAACGCUCUGUCUCUGCAUUGCCACUUCGCUGCUUUUUGCCACAUUGGGGAGAGCUAGCAUAGCCACAGCAUGCUGUCCGAAGACCACCAACACAGUCCUGCGCCAGUCCAAUAUCACAGGCUACCAUAGGCAGGAGCGUGGAAUCUGCCCAGUUCAGGCCGUUGUGUUCACCACAGUGAGAAAUAUCAGAGUGUGCUCCGACCCUAAGAAGCCCUGGGUGAAAAAAGCUGUGAAGUUCAUUGACUCAAAGAAACAACAGGCUACAAGAGUGACUACGGAGGUUCUCUCCACCAAUGGCACGGAGCCAACAAGGAAUGUCACAGCAGCGCCGCUAUGAACAGGAGAAGAGACUCAAUGCUCAUGACCACACAACAUCACUCCAGAUGUACCCUGUGUAUUCACAGUGCUUUGUGAAAGUACUGCUGAUUUGAUUGAGACAAAUAUAUAAUUUUGCAUGGCAAAGAAGUUUAGAUCCUGUAGUUUGUUUUGUGUCCUUGGGAAACAAAUUAACUACUGGGGUUUCAUAAAAUAUGCACUUUGGGAGUUUUUGGAGGCAGAUGGCUUGAGGCUUUAUUUUCUGAUAUCCCAAACUUGUUUUGGUAUUAUACCGAAAAUUAUUCAGAUUUCUGUCCUCUGCAUUUUAAAAAUGUAUUGUAUAUAAUAUUGUAUAUGUAUAUAUUAAUUUUAAUUGUAUGCUUUAUGAAAGUCACAUAAUUAUUGUCAUGCGCUUGAUUAAAGUCAAGUUUCUACAGAACACCAU